CGCCUCUUGUGGAGGCGCAUGCGUCGUGCGCACCGAACCGGGACCCGUACACGCCGGAAUAGAGCAAAGUUGGCUUAACUGAGCGCUUUAUCUAGGGAGAGGCACCGGUCGACCUCCGGGCGCGAGGAGAGCAAAAGCAACGGCUCCGCGGCGUCGUGCAAAGCGAAGAGCAGGGAUGGUCAGAAGCCUGGCCGCUGCCGCCAUCGUGGGGAACGGGCCAAAAGGUUUUUUCCUCGUCCAGGGAGAGCCCGCCGUGUUUCUCGGCGUCGCGCGCUCCCCUUUUCCCGGCGGUUGCCUAGGAGAUCGGAAGCGGGCGAGUGGCCUCGCGGGGAGGGCUUUCGGGGCGCGCGCGCGGCCGGCGGCGGGAGCCAGCCCGGGCGGGCAGGCGUGUUCUGUGGCGCGCGCCCCCUCCUUGUCGCGUGCCGAAGGCUUCCCUUCGCCUGCGGUGGGGAUCCGCUUCCUCAGCCUGAACGCGAGUCGCUGCCGAGCGGUGGAAGGACGAGCUCUACAGUUUGAAAACAGCAAAAGUAGAUGUUCACCAUUGGGAAGUAGAACACUUUAUUUUGAUACCCAUUCCUUUGUAUGCCUCUUGGAAGAAAAUGGAUUCACCACUCAGCAAUCUGAGAUUAUUGUGUCUGCUAUAAUGAACAUUAUGAAAAGCAAUAUGGAUAUGAUACACAAAGACAUGGUCACCAAAAUGCAACAGGAAAUUGCUGUUCAGCAGAUAAUGUCUCACAUUGGUGUUGUAAAAAAGGAUAUGAUUAUUUUGGAAAAGAGUGAAUUUUCAGCACUUCGGGCAGAAAAUGAGAAAAUAAAACUUGAACUUCAGCAGCUAAAAAAGCAAGUAAUGGAUGAAACUUCCAAAGUAAGAACAGAUAGCAAGUUAGAUUUCAAUCUAGAAAAAAGCAGAGUAAAAGAAUUGUAUUCACUUAAUGAUAGAAAAGUAUUGAAAAUGAGAACAGAAAUAGUGGAACUGCAUGCCCAGCAGGAUCGAGCUUUAACACAGACUUAUAGAAAAAUAGAUACUGAAGUUGCAGGUCUGAAAACAAUGCUUGAAUCACACAAACUUGACAAUAUCAAAUAUUUAGCUGGUUCAGUAUUUACGUGCCUUACAGUAGCACUCGGAUUUUACCGUUUAUGGAUAUAAUGAAACAUUAUUUUCGAGGAUCAUUAGCUUGCUGUAAGAAAUAACAUGUUAUUUCCAUCUGAAAUAAUAAUUUUUUUCAGAGAGAGAGUACCAUUUUAUUUAUUUGUUGCACUGAAGAAUAUAAUCAAAGAAUUACAUAAGGGCUCCUGAAAAUUGUAUCGGAAUCAAAAUAUUGAAAGAAACCUUGCCUGUGUUAUGGGCAUCCAUAUUUUGCACCGAAUAUAUUCACUCAGAACUGAAUGUUUAUAUGUCUCCAGGAUAUUAUGAUCCUAAAAAGAUAGCUUUUAAAAUACCUACUACCUAUAUCAAAUGCAAGUUUUAAGUUAGAAGAUUAUUGGUAUUAUAACAACAGACAUUAAUACUAAGCGAGAGGGGAUAAAAUAAUUCAAUUGUCUUUAUUUAUCAUGUUCCUUCAGAGCUAGAAAUUCUUGAAUUAUGUCGUGGUUUACUUCCUUUGUAUUGAUAAACAGGAUUCUAAAGAUUUCUAGUUGCUGUAUUUAAUGGAUGUUUCCACUGUCAUCUGUUGUUAAUAAAUCUCCGUCCAACUAAAAAUGUGUUAUAAGCAACGGUUGUGAAAAGAUUGUGCUGAUAACAAAAUGUCAAAAGAACAGUAGACAAAAUCUUAACUGUUUUCUUAAUAUAAAAAUAAUGGAAGCAGAAGUUUAUUUUUUAAAGUUUUACUUCCAAUAUUUUUAUAUUAGGGAAACAGCUAGAGAAGCAAGACAUUUUUACUUUAUAAAAUAAUAAAAGACUACCAACACAAUCAUAAACCUUAUUUUUUUAAAAAAGGUUAAUCAGGUUUAUUCUUAGCCAGUGAUUACAAGAUUGUAGCCUAUUAAGAUUUUUCCAAUAUUUCCAGAAUAACAGUAAAUAUAAAUCAGUGACCACAUUUAUCUGCAGUUAAGCACUAUAAGAAGUUCUUAAAGAGAAAACUUUCCCAAGUAGAAAAUAGUAUUGGAAAUUGCAGCUAGAAGAUAACAAAUACCACAAAUACAUACCUGGAAAUAAAUUCUCAUGAAAUCAAAAAGUCAUUUUGCAGACUGGAAAAUUAUGUGUACCAGCUACGCCAAAAUUUAAACCAAGCGCAUAUAUCCAUAGGCACAUUUCUUCUAUGGAAAUGUGGAGGAGAAUGCUUGUUUUACAUAAGCAAUUGAUUGUUAAAUUUGGCAACAUAAAAGAAGUUGUUAUCACUUUUAUGAUGAAACAACAAAUUGAUAGUAACACUAUUAUUACCAAAGAAGAGAAAAAUGGCUAGGUUUUUUCAGGUCAAUGCCAAAAUAAUCCUGCAGCAAAAUACUUUUAGUUGUUCAUACUUAUAUAAUUAUUUCCCCUUCUUUUGUGACUUUUAAUUGUCAAUGACAAGCAAAAUUGCCAUUGAUUAUGAUCCAUUUAAUUAGCCUUUUAAGAAAGAUUAGACUUGAGACUUUAGGAAUUUCUUCUUAAAAUAAAGGUGACUUGAGUGGUUGCACUAUUUUUAUCAAUUUUAUAAAUAUAAAAUACUCAGAAGAAAUUGAUGAAUACAAUUUACUGAGUAAUACAAACUAUGAAAUAUCGUUUCAACAUAGUUGACCUUUUUUAUUACGCUAUAUGUGUAAUUACUUCUUUGUAAUAGCAGUUCCAAAGUCUCUUUACAUGUAAACUGUCACAAAUUAGUGGCAAAUAAUGUUUUAUAAAGAAAUUAAUUUACAAAUAAAUAGAUACCUUAGAUUACACUAAAUAAAAUAAUAAAAUACUCUGAAGUAGUUGUCAUUGC